AUGCGGGUGACUUUAACCCAGCCCAUCUCCGUGGACGAGGUGGAUGCGGAGAUCGUGGUGGUCGAUGGCUGCGCCUUGGGCUUCGUCUCGCCCGGCCAAGCGCCCCACGUGCUGCACGUGGACCCGGGCGAGCCGGCAAAGUUUGGGGUCCAGAGCGACGACCUGUUGCUGAGCAUCGACGGUCAAGAGACGGCCUCGUUGAGCCAAGAGAAGGUGGCGGCCCUGCUGCGGUCGGCGAGUUGUCUCGUCUUCAAGCGCCCAGAGAGUGCCGUGCCCGAGGGCAAGGACGAGGACACCGAGCCGCCCAGCGACGAGGAGAAGCGUGCUCCAUCCGCCCCUCAGGCGGCUGGCAAGGAGCGAAGUCGAUCGCGCAGGGGCCGAAGACACCGAGAAUCGAAGCAAGAGAGACCGCGGGAGGAGGCGGCGGCAUACCCUCCAGGGCAGCCACCCUUCUGGGCAGUGGAGCGUGGACCGGCAUGGCCCGUGCCAGGCCUGCGGGGGCCUCCUAGUGCCUGGAUGGGCAACGCGCCGCCUCCCUGGCACGUGCAGCCGGGGCCCCCGCCGGGCGGCUACCCGCCCCGACCUCCGCCUGAAACCUGGCGGGGGCCAUUCCCCGGGCCGCCGCCAUCGCAGCCGCCGCCGCGGAAAGGCAGUCUCCGGCUAGAACGAAACGAGGGAGGAGGAGUCAGCGUCGUGGUGAUGCAGGUGCCGCCAAGUCUCAACAAGAUGGAUGUGCUGAAUGAGUACUUUGGCCGCUUUGGGCCAGUGUCCUCGCUGCAAAUCAACCAGAUGCGGCAUGAGGCCAUUGUCACCUUUAGCCGUAUGGAGGAUGCGGAGGAGGCCUUGCGCUUCCCCGUGCUGAAUGACCCCUCCAUAGGCCGAUGGGAUGCAGAGCGAUUGAGCGAUUUCGGGGUGAAAGUGGAUGCAGAGGUCACGUUUCAGCAGAACAUAGGCGACGCCUAUGAUGAAAGGCUUGAGACCCUGGCGGGCCAAGGAGCCGGACAGCGAGCACCAGAUGACGUGCCAACUGAGACCGCGCCCAUGGCACAUUCGCUGGUGGUGCCGAGUGUGCCGCUUGUGGCUAGCGGGAACAUGACGCUAGAGUCAGGCAAGAUUCUGGAAGCCAAGAGAAAGCGGGAGGAGUUGCAGGACCGGCGCAAGGCCCUGUUGUCGAGCCUCACGGACCAGCUCAAAGCGGUGCUGGCGAGGAUCAACGACCCGGCGACUUCCGACCGGAACCGCGAGCAGCUGCAGACCAUUUUGGCCAGCAUCAAGGACAAGAUCCAUUCGCUGACGCCAGCGGAAAGAGAGGAUCCGAAACGGCGGAUGCCGCCGAUGCGGCCGAUGACUUAUCAGACCACUCUGGACAACCGGCCCAGACCGGCAGUGCUGCAACUGUCGAAGCUUCCGGAAGAGAUGCGGGGGCCCGAUGGCGAGGCUCAGCUGCGGGACGCGCUGGGGGACAGCGUGGAGUGGAUCCGCGAGUGGUCGGAGGAUGGCAGUGCUUGCACUGUGCGUUUCCGAGAUCGACGGCACGCUGAGGCCGCCGUGCGGGACCAGCAGGUCUGGACCUGGUCGGCGAAGAUCCAGGAGGUGAUGCCCUUCCGGCGGAAGCCUCCAGUGAAUCGCUUCACCCAGCCUCGGCACAUGCACAAGGAGUUUUCCGACCUCCCCGUGCAGAGCGGAACCGGCGGCCGGCAGCGACACAGAGGCCUUCGACUCGGACAUCGAAGACCCUGA